AUGACCCUAGACUUCCACACCAACAAGAAGAUCAUCGAGGAAGUCGCCAUCAUCCCCUCCAAGUGUCUCUGCAACAAGAUUGCCGGAUUCUCCACCCACCUCAUGAAGCAGAUCCAGAAAGGCCCGGUUUGUGGCAUUUCCCUGAAGCUGCAGGAGGAGGACCGCAAGCGUCACAUGGACUUUGUCCCCAAGGAGUCCGCCAUCAAGAUCGACGAGAUCUCCGUCGACAAGGAAACCCUCGACAUGCUCUCUGCUCUCGGUAUGGUGACAUGCCUGGUUCAAGCGGGUCGACUCGGAAGCUCAGACUCAAAUUUGCAUAAUAUCGUGAUAUUAUCGAUAAUAUCGACGAUAUUAUGA